AAUUCCACAACAGCAACUGGCUCCACAACAAACGCUGAUUCUACAACAACAGGUUGGUUGUACCCAUGUCACAGACACCUUGGUUUUAACUAUCUAAUACAUGAUGCUAGCAUUUCCCACUUCGUCACUCUUUUCCAACGAAACUGUGUCAACAAAAUCAUUUACCGCUAACCUGACCACAUCAACACUUCCUCACUCGUCUGGUACAAUUCUUUACAAUGAUACCUACACUACAACUAUUGGCUUGUCGUCUGGUUUCACUUCGUCAUUUGCAUCCUUCACGGGUACCGCCACCUCGACUGGGACCGAGGACAAUGGAUCCGUGACAGGGUUUGGGUUCGGCACCAGCACGGAUGGCAGUGGUAGUGGUAGCACUGCCACAGGCGAUUCAUCUUCACCAUCUUCGACAUCGACCGACGUUUCUGGAUCAGGGUCCGGUUCGAGUUCGAGCUCAACGUCGGCAGGGACUGUCGCAGGAAGCGUACUGGGUGCAGUUGCUGGCAUUGGCCUCAUUCUCAUUGCGGCGUUGAUGCUUCUUCGUUACAAAAAGCGACAGCGCGGCCUCCGUCUAAGUGACACCAAUGGCCUUCCUGGGACCCGUGGACUUGUUUUAGGUGGUGGGGGUGACGGCCCUUCCGGUGGAUCUCCCGGAAUGGGUGAUAUGUCGGAGGGUCGCUCGGUUCCAUUUAUGGUUCCCGCGGCUCUCGCGAACUUGACGGGGUACAAACGAAAUUCUCAAAGAACGGCUUCUUCGGAAGGCACAGAAAGAGGAUUUCAUAAAGUUUCUGGCAGGAAACUGCCUUCUGUCCUGCAGCAUGGUGGAGAUGGUUAUUCAGACCCAACAAGUGCGGCAAACCCUCGAGAUACCAUGAUGACCGAUCAAUCGUUCUAUCGAGAUUCUCAAGGAUAUUACACGGGUCCCGAUAUACCAAGACUGGCGGUUGGUUCACCAAUGCGUCCAGAAAGCGGAGUUCCAGUCUUUCACCCUGGCCCAGGGCGAACUCCGGUCACAGCGUCAGCAUACUUCGGAUCAAACUUAGAACCACCUCGGAAAGAUCCCCUAGGACGUUCCCUGGCUUCUCAAGACGGUUCAAGAGUAUCCAGGGGCUCCGGCUCCCGAUUUACGGAAGAGAUAUGACCUCGAUCUUCAGCGUGCGACAUUGCUUGUAUAUUUUUUCACACCUCGAUGAUACCGCUUGGCAUACUGUUGGCUUUUGUUUAUAUGCCCACAGCAUAGGAAUGGCGUUUAAUGUUUGUUAAUUACUGAAGAUCAUGAGGAGGGAAUUCAAUGGCUGAAAAAGCCUACACUGCCCAGAUGUGGGCAGCGAUUUACCAUUGCACAUAGUCACCCGGUGUUACCAGCUGGGUGUAGAGUAUAAAGAUCUCCCGGACGAGGAUUCCAAUCCCCCGGGCUAUCCAUAAUUUAAAGGCAUAAUUAUGUCAAACGACUAGACGCCGGUUUCCUAUCACAU